AUGUCCACCCCAAUCGAUCUCCCGAAUCUCCGCGCCACCAUCGAAUCCCGCUGGUCGGAACUGCACACCAAUCCGGACCAUCGUAACAUUUUUCGCUACCAGCUGGCCAUCGAACGAGAGCGCACUCUCCCCGGUCGGUUCGGCUUUCUCACGCAGCUGAACCCGAAACGAAUGACGGAGCGUCGAAAGCCGGAAGUUAUCCGCAGUUUGCGGCCACCGUUCGAGCCGGAACGGUUCCACUUCAACAAGGUGGACGAGCGGGAGGUGAUGGGCGAGGUCCGGAUUGGGGACACGGCGGUGUCUUUGUUGAUCAACAAUAGUCCGCUGACGGAGUUUCACACGCUGUUGGUGCCGGAGCGGGGGGCAAAUUUGGCGCAGGUUCUGACGAAGGGGGGCGUGGAGGCGGCGGUCAGGAUUAUGCUGGAGUUCAAGGAGAUUGACUACCGAAUUGGGUUCAAUAGCCCUGGAGCGCUGGCGUCCGUGAAUCACCUGCACCUUCAUUUGCUGUUGGUGAAGCAUCGACUGUACGUGGAAGAUGCCCCCCUCACCCCACUAGGAAACAACCUCUACCGACUCGACAACUGUCCAGCCAAAGCCUACUGCUUUCAACUAGAAACCCCCUCGUCCGCCCCCAACUUCAUCGCCCUAAUCUACCGAGCCAUCGAGCUGCUCCUGGACGCGGGCAUCGCGCACAAUCUGUUUUUCACGUGGAACUCCGGUGGGACCGUGCUACGGGCGCUGGUCUACCCGCGGUCCCGACCGUGCGAGUACAAACAGGUGCUGCCGCUGAACGUGGCGUUCUGCGAGCUUAGCGGGUACGUCCCGUUGGCGGACCCCGCGGACUAUGACGGCAUGACGGAGCGCAGGCUGGAGGAGCACUUUGGGCAGGUUCAGGGAGAGGAGGUUUAUCGGGAGGUUGAGCCGCUGUUGGUGGAGGGGUUGAGGGACCUUGGUGAAGGAGGUGAAAGGGGGGAACUGUCAAAGUAGGCAAGGUAGAAAAAAUGAAGAGAGAAUUUCUAGCAAUUUUACUUUGGAAAAUAAAGAGUGCAGUUUAAAUUUAAAAAA